AGCGGGAUAUCAACUAUGGAUUAUCACACGGCCGACCCCAUCGUUCAAAUGCAGUUGUCUGGGGAUAUGGCCGCCAACAGGGAAGCUCAAAGGAAGGCUACACACAAUGAAGUUGAGCGUCGGCGUCGGGACAGGAUCAACGAGCUCAUCAAGGUACUGGCUCAGAUAGUGCCUGCUUUUCAGAAGAAAGACGCAACUACUGGUUCCAUUGUCGGGUAUGUGUACAGCAAGGGAACGGUACUGGACAAGACAGUGGACUACUUGAAAGAGCUCGUGUUUCAAAAUGAACAACUCACAGCCAGUGCCAAAAUCGCAGAGAAAUCUUUAGCAAUGCUUCAAAACCAGAUCCAAGUCCUAGAGAAAGAGAACGCAUUUCUUCAAGCACAGAUUAUCCAGUUUGGAAUUGAUGUAGCUGCCUCCUCUGGUCAGAAGCAACCUAACCAGCAACUUCUAAACUCUCCUCUGGCCCAGAAUCUCCCCUUCACUUACUAUAGCUAUACAUUGUCAGUAUUAUUAUGUAUACCACACAUAGUUUUUAUACAUGAUAUUUGUCUUAUUGAACCUGAGCAUAAUAAAAUGUUGUGAACAAAGCUACGCCCAUUAUAAUUAUGUGCAGUCUAGCCUCCAUCUCAAGCCGCACUUCCUCGAAAAUUGGCCUGGUAGUAUACGCUGCUUGUGCAUGCGCUAACCAUAAUUAUGCUACUGAACAUGAAAACUGUGCUGAUGAAGAACCUUCAUCAAGAACAAGAACACUGACUCAGGACGAGGAGGACUUUGACAAGUUCCUGGAGAGUGCCAAAGCUCAGCAGCUCUCACCCUCCACAAUUAAAAGUUCCCGAGCCCCACCCCUCACUGUCUGACUUGAAAGAGGAGAUAGACUUUGGAUUCUGGGAGAAGGCGUCCACCCUACCCUCGGACAAGACCCCAACCAAGGACCUGAACUUGUUAUGAGACUGUUAAUAUUAUUUUGUCUGUUUUUGUACUAUUUUCUGGCAAUGUAAUUAUGUAUGUACCACUUCAUGUCAUCAUAAUAACUAUAAUUAAAAGUCUGU